AUGCCAUCUCAAAUAAACUCUCAAGAUUACACCAACUGGCGUCCCUUCUGGAAAAAAAUCAAUAAAAAGAAAAAGAAAAUACAUGACCAAAUUUAUAAUGCUGAUGAUGCUUCUAUAAAAGAAUUCACAGUUACUGCAAACUACCUUCGUGCUCGUCUACCACCCGGACUUUCUACACCAAAAGUAGCAAUCAUAUGUGGUUCAGGACUUGGAGAAUUGGCUGAUGUUAUCAAAGAUAAAGUGGAAUUCGCUUAUGAAGAUAUACCAGGGUUUGUUUCCAGUACAGUACAAGGUCAUGUAGGAAAACUUGUUUUUGGUUUACUUGGUGAUAAAAGAACACAAACAGUUUGCAUGCUCGGAAGAUUCCAUUUUUAUGAAGGGUAUACACUUAAACAGAUUACAUUUCCUAUAAGAAUUUUUAAAAUGUUAGGUGUAGAAGUAUUAAUUGUUACAAACGCGACUGGAGCACUAAGUAGAGACUUUAAAGUUGGCACGAUAGGUGUAAUAAGCGAUCACAUUUCCCUUCCUAGUUUAGUCGGAAACAAUCCCCUAUUUGGCCCGAACGUCUCUGCUUUCGGAACGAGAUUUCCUCCCAUGUCCGAUGCGUAUGAUUAUAAUCUUCGUGUAAUUGCAUUUAAAGCUGCUAAAUCCCUAAAAUUUCCAGAAGAAAAUUUAAAAGAAGCCAUAUACACUUUUUAUUGUGGACCUUCAUUUGAGACCAGAGCUGAGGCAAGGUUUUUGAAAUUGAUAGGUGGUGAUUUAUUGGGUAUGUCUACCGUCCCUGAGGUUAUUGUGGCAAGGCAUUGUGGAAUUAGGGUAUUAAGUUUGAGUUUGGUGACUUGUAUGAUAGCUAUUGGGAAAGGUAAAUGCGCAGAUCCAACAGAACAGAUUUCGGAUGAUAUUAAGGAGCCACAAGUCAAUCAUGAGGAGGUACUUCGGAUUGGAAAAGAAAGAACUUCGGAUAUGCAGAAAUUGAUUGGAACUAUCGUGGAUUUAAUUGCAUCUAUCUAA